AAAAUGGUGGAAGACAAUUGACUCUUCUUAUGGAACGUGAAUCCUUCUUUCAGCCCUCCUCUUCUAAUCAUUGAUUUAACCGUUUUUUCAGCUUAAACUAUUCAAAUUAUGGCUGGUUGCUUGAUGGUCAUCACUGCUGAUAAUCUCAUUUGAGACAGAAAAAGUUAUCUUAAGAACAAGUUUUGAUUACAUGUUGCUUGCUCCAGCUACUUGAAACUUGGUUUCUUUCUUCUCAUCAAAUUACAUUUCUCUUUGUUUUCUUCCAUAGUGGUUUUUAAAAUUCAGCUUUUACUGUUUCAAGUCUUCUAAAAGUGCCAAUUGUUUUGUAAACCAUGGACCAAAUAAUGUAUCAUCUUAUACGUUUCUAAUCGAAAAUGCCCGGAAUUUAAAACAACGAAAUGACUUGUUUCUAUUGACCAUGGAUCCUCUUCAGCCGACAGAUACAUUUGUUUUGAGUAAAAUAUGAGGUGAUUUAAAGGCGAGUUUGAAUAACUUACGCUUAUGUGUUACUCAUGGAAUCAUAAUGCUAAGUCCCAUGUCAAUUUCAAAUUGCAUCAUCUUAACCAUGAUUACAAUAUUUUAUACAUCGCUCUUGAAAUCAACUCAUUCACUCAUCAAUUGAUCAUCAAGAGGCAACUCAACAUUUUCUAUUCUUCUCCUCUUCUCUACUUCUGAUAACUUUAUAUAAAAAAAAACAUAAUUGUCAACAAGACCAAAGACAAAAGAGAUUUCCCUCCAGAACAGUGGCUCCAAGGAUAACCAUCAACAUAAUCAUCAUCGGCAGACAAAAGAUAAUCUUUGGAGACCUUAAACCUACAAGGAGAAAAAGUUCUUGAAAACAUCAAAAUCAAAUAUUAUUCUUACCCAAAGUAGUCUUAAAGAUUUUAUUUUCCUUCUCUAACUUUGCCUUCUCUCUCUUUUCCCUCUUCCAUCCCUCCAAUUUUCCCUCUUCUGCGUUUUCUUCCCUCUAUUCUCAUAAUUUUCCUUUUCUUCUUUUUUUUCCUUCCUUAGAACAUUUCUUAUGCCAUCUAAAAUUUUCUCUUGGCCAUUGACUGAACUUCUCUCACUCUCUCUCUCUCGUUUACUGACAUCCCCGUGAAUAAUGUUGACUUUGUCAACAACAAUUUGGUUACCUCGAAGACGUAAACUUAAACUAUCCAAUCUAACAUACGAGUUGCAACGGCUUAAUAUUGUCUAGCAAUAGUGUCUACUAUUACGCCCCUCUCAUCAUUCCUAACUCUCUACCUAUCUUCAUCUUGUAUCUUCUUCGGCUCACAUGAAAUUAUUCAACAGUUACAGAUGAACCAUUGUUUCAUCUCGUUCUUUUUCUUGAUCAUUUUCUCUCAUAAUUUCAACCUUUUCUCUCAACUGACCCAGGUAGUCAGUUUUUAUAAACUUUAAAACCUAACCUUAAAACUCGUUUCACCAACACUCAUUGGAAACUGAACUGUAUCCUUAGACGACCAAUAUCUUUUUGUUUGUGUUGUUGCUCUUCGAUAAAUCGAUUGCUCACCUAACCACAUUCCCAAUAUUUUCACCUUUAUUCUUCUUCUGGGAAGAAACUCAAUUUGUUCGACAAUUUUGAUCAACUCGUUAUGAAUCAACGUUACCUUUCACUGUGUUUACCUUUGAUUAUUAAAUUGUUUACUAUUCUCUAUUUGGUUCCAGUGACUUUUUGUGCUACAAAUUCUCAGAAUACUGGAAGCAAUGGCAAACGAAUCUGCUCGACCAAGGCUUGCCAGGAAACAGCUAAUCGUAUUUGGAACGGUAUGGAUGUUAAUGUUGAUCCAUGUGAUGAUUUUUAUCAAUUUGCCUGCGGAAAUUGGCUUCGUAAAGCUGUGAUUCCAAAAGAUCGUAGUUGGUGGUCAGUUUGGGCUUUAUCACGGUUAACAUUGAAAAAGCAGCUAAAAAGAUUGCUGGAUACUAAAUAUAAUCCCAAAAUCCAUCGUUCACCAGUAAUUGGAAGGUUGCUCGAUUUUUAUUCUGAUUGUAUGGAUACGGCGCGUAGAGAUGAGGUUGGCAUUGGACCAUUAUAUGAAAUACUGGAUUCAAUUGAUGGUUGGCCUGUUAUUGUAAAAUCAUGGGAUAGACAGAAGUAUAACUGGUUUGAAAAUUAUGUUAAAUUAAAAAGUCAACUUGGAGCCAAUUAUCUGAUUAAAGUUUAUAUUGAUGUUGAUCUUAUGAACAAUACUCAACGUGCAAUUUACCUCGAUCCACCAGAAUUAGAUAUAAGUAUUCAUGAAUUUGAAUCUAGAACCUUUUCAAAAGCUUACAAAAGGUAUAUGCGUGAUAUAAUUGAACUUAUGAGACGUGAUAAACUUUCAAAAUCUCGUAUUGAUGCUGAUGUCGACGAUUUGUACAAAUUUGAAUAUCAACUUCAAUCCCUAAUUACCAAUGGACUUCAACAGAAAGAUCAACUUAACCCUUAUCGCAGGAUGACCAUAGCCAGUCUAUCAAAGGAGUUUAGAGGUAUUAAUUGGCGAAGAUUGAUGAUUAAUAUGUUUCGCUGGUCAAAUACAGAAUUUUCAGAGAGUGAUAUAUUCAUUAUUGAAAAUCAGGGUUACUUCAAACAGUUGGGUUCAAUUCUUAGGAAUACACCUGAAAGAACAAUUGCCAAUUUUUUGGGAUGGCGGUUUGUUAUUGCCUUUGGCGAUUACACUGUCAGUCAAUUUCGUCAGUUUCGCUUUAAAUUUCAAAGAGCAAGAAAAGGUUUAAAAUCACCAGAAAAAGAUUGGGAAUUUUGUUACAACCAGUUAGAUAAUUAUUACCAUUUUGCAAUGGGCCGACUUUAUAUUGACAACUAUUUCAAUUCAACGAACAUAAGAAAAGUGGAAACUCUGGUUAGAUACAUAAAAGAUGCCUUACGAGAAGCCUUUAAUAAACAAACAUGGAUGGAUCCAUUAACACGAAAAAAAGCAAAACGAAAGUUAAACAAUAUGGCUUCUGUUGUGGCUUACCAACCAUGGAUUAAAGACAAUCAGCAGCUAGAAAAAUUUUACGAAGAGCAAACUGUGAUUCCAGGAAAUUUCAUUAGAACUAUUUUGAAAUUUGAAAAAAUUGAUGCCAGUAAAAAAGUUCGAGCUCUUCGCUACCGAGUCAAUCGAUAUGCAGUGCGUCUCUCUGGACCAGCAAUAGUCAACGCUUUCAAUUACAUUGAUCUCAAUUAUAUCCAGUUUCCUGCUGCCAUUUUAGGUCCUCCAUUUUUCUCAAGUGAUGUUCCAGAUGCUCUUAACUUUGGUGGAAUCGGUAAAACAAUUGGCCAUGAAAUAAUUCAUUCAUUCGAUGAUGAAGGUAAACAACAUGACAAAGAUGGUAAUCUCCGUAAUUGGUGGUCACCAGGCUCAACUAGGCGUUACAAUGAACGAGCACAAUGUUUUAUCGAUCAAUAUGAUCAAAUGAAAGAUCCAGAAACUGGCUUGAAUAUCAAUGGUGUCAACACUCAGGGUGAAAAUAUUGCAGAUAAUGGAGGAAUUGAUAUUGCUUUUAAUGGAUACAAAAAAUUUGUCAGCCGAUCAGCUAAGGCCAGAGAUGAAAGGUUACCAGGGCCAAUGUCAUCUUUCACUCCUGAUCAACUGUUUUUCAUUUCAUUUGCUUCGAUUUGGUGUGAAAAAGAAAGGCCAGCUUCUUUGCGAAAUUCAAUUCUUCAAGGUGUCCACAGUCCGUCAAAAUUCAGAGUGGUUGGAACAUUAAUGAAUAAUGACAACUUUGCUCAAGUUUUCAGCUGUCCCAAAGGAUCGCCAAUGAAUCCAGAAUCAAAAUGUAAACUUUGGUGAUUGUAAUAGAUUGGUAUUUGACUGUAGUCGAAUUGGAAUGGUCAAAUGAUUUCUAUCAGAUUUACAGAUGUUUAAAUUUGAUAUUAUAUCAACUUCUUGAUUAUUUGGUCAAAAAUUGAAUACGAUCAGGAUUCUCAAGUUGUAUUAGUCAAAACUGGUUUGAUGAUUCGUCUCUUUGAUCACUUUCAGGUUCUAAUCUUUCAGCCAUUAAUUUAUCCUGAAAAAUUGAAUGGAUGCUUCUUAUAAUUUAAAUUGACCAAUUUAAGAUGUUAACUUAAAUUUCAUCAGCCUUAAAAUGUUACAUCCGUUCAAGACCAUAUUGUAGUGUAUUAUACAAUUGUAAUUGUAUGUAUUUUUGUGCAUCUAAUUUAACCAAAAAGUUUCUCAGUAUUUCUACAUUAGUACUGAUUCUCAAUUCAAUCAUUGAAAUUACAAAAAUGGUACAAUUACAUCUUGUUUGUUUCAAGUUGUCUAAUUGCUGGUAAAAUCAGUGAUAAUGUAUUAUAAAUAUUCAACUAUUGGAGUCUUUGUUGACUGAUUGUACAUCGCAUUGCAAUAGCGCAACAAAAAUGUGCUGCAAGAGUAUUGAAAUUUUUUUGUAAAUUUUAGUUUAUUUUCGUAUCAACAAUUUAAUAAAUCACUUUCUAGAUGAAAA